AUGAAAAAGCACAACAUCAACCAUUACUCGACCUACGGCGCUAUGAAGGCAUCGCGGGUGACGGAAUACAAUAAAAGCAAACAUCGUACAACGGGUAUGGCGCUGAUGAAAGUAAAUCGUAAAAAUGCAAACCAGCUACUCGCAACAGUCUACAGCAACGUUAAACAAGUUAAGCCGGCAAAAUAUCAAGUCGGAGAUUUCGUAAGAGUGAGCAAGUACAAGACGAUAUUCGCGAAACGUUACACACCAAAUUGGUCGACGGAAAUUUUCAGGAUUCAAAAAGUACAAAACACAAAUCCGCGAACUCAUCUUCUGAUAGAUCAGCAGUCAAACCCAAUCCAGGAGGGUUUAUAUGAACAAGAACUGCAUUACGUGAAAUAUCCCGAAAUAUAUUUAGUGGAGAGAGUUUUGAAGAGGAAAUAA